AUGUCGAGCGCUGCUGGCGCGCCCUUCCCUCCGCGCGUGGCGCGCGAGGUGGCGCGGGAGCUGAAGGCGCUGCAGCAGAGCGCGCUGGACGGUAUCCGGGUGACGGUCCACGACGACAACAUCGCAACCGUCCAUGCUGAGAUCGACGGCCCUGAGGGCACGCCGUACGAGGGCGGGGUGUUCCGCAUGAAGCUGCUGCUCGGGCGCGACUUCCCCCACGCCGCCCCUAAAGGCUUCUUCCUGACGCGCAUCUUCCACCCCAACGUGGCCAAGAGCGGCGAGAUCUGCGUGAGCGUGCUCAAGAAGGACUGGAAAGCCUCGCUUGGACUCAAACACGUGCUGCUGGUGGUGCGCUGCCUGCUGAUUGAACCUUAUCCCAAGUCUGCUCUUAACGAAGACGCAGGAAAGCUGCUUCUGGAGGACUAUAACGCGUAUGCCCGCCAUGCCCGCCUGUUCACAUCCAUCCAUGCCACCCCUGCCGCCUCCUCCGCCCUGACCUCUGCUGGGAAAGCCAAGCAGCAAGCUCAGCAGCAGCAACCGCAGCAGCAGCAGCAGCAGCAUGAGAAGGAACGGCAGGGGGCGGAUGAUCACGCCAGCAAGAACCUGCAGAGAGCAUGCACACAGUCGGCAACAGCAGCUGCCCUGCUUUCAGACUCUGGCUAUGCUGCUGCUGCUCCUGAUGCUGCUGUCUCUCCCACUGCCACUCCCACUCCCGCUCCUGCUGCUGGUGCUGGUGCUGCUGCCACUGACACUGACACCGCAGUGAUUUCUCGAGACUCCAGCAGCAGCACCCCACCAGCCCUUCCCAUCACUUCCAUUUCUGCCUCAUCUGUUGAUCCUACCAGUGGCAAAAAUCCGGCUGGCACUGCUGGUAUUUCACCAGCCCAUCACACGCCCCUUGCAACUAAUCGGUCACUUGCAAACGCUGACUCGAGACUGCAAGCAAAGGCCGGAAACGGCUCAGCAGCAGCAGCUGUGGAGGAGCCUGUGGCAGCAUCAAGCACGGGUGGUGGUGUGGUGAAGGCUAAAGGGAAGGGAGAGAACACGGGCCGGGGUGGGACGGACAAGAAGGCUGAUUUGAGAAAGAAGAGCCUACGGAGACUGUAG